AUGCUACUCUCUUCUUCACCUUCUCUCCAAAACCCUCUCCAUUGCUCCAAUUCUUCCUCCCCCUUCUUCCCUUUCUUCUCCUACAAUGCCCUAAAACUCCAUUCUUUCAUUCGCCUCAAACCAUUAACCUUCAAUUGCACUUCCUCCUCCCUCACUGAUACAUCCUCCAUUCCAGACCCUACCCUCCUUCGCCACGUUUCUCAUACUGUUCGCGACACUCACGACGAUGGGUCAAUGGUACCCUCAGCCUCUGCUGUCGCCUCCGCCAUUCUCAAAGCUUCCACCUCCCCUGUGGAAUUUGUGCAUAGGAUCGAGAACAGUCAGAAUACUGGGUUGGUGUUGCCGAGUCCUGACUUUCAGAGGCUUUGCAUCGAACAGUUGGAUUUGUUUCGCCGGAUUGUUGACCCUGAUGCCCUACUCUCGGUUUAUGUAAGACCUGCUGGUAGCUAUGUGAUGGACCGUCUUGAGCUGCGUCGUGUUGCAUCUUUCCCAGGGGUUAAUGUUACCGAUGUUGUGAUAUUGGUCGGAAAUUUUAGUGUUCCUACUGGUUUACGUGCUGCCGAAGCUACUUUUUCCAGUCAGCAAGUUGAAGUUAUCUCAGAGCACAAGGCUAUUGUUUUUCCAAUGGUGAAACACCCAUUUGUCGUGGGGUUCUUAGUUGCCGAGCUUCCGAACCUGGAAAUGGAAACAUGUCUGGAUAUGCAGAGUGCUGAUCGUGAUCCGUGGUCAUACUCAUCUCCACACGAAGCCGGUGCUCUUGUAGCUGGCUCAGGAAUAAGUGCACAUGGAUUUCAUGAUGCUACGAAUGGAUCAUUGAGAACGUACAUGUUUAAUGCAGAUCGUCAAGAAAAUGCCUUCCAUAUUUCCCGUUCUCUUGCUAUGGCAUAUGUUAUGGAUCAGAAAGCAAUGUUGCUCCAGCAAUCAUCAUGGCAGAAUAAUUUGAGGAUGAGCAAUCUGGUUGACCAGAUUCGCGGUUCUCUUUCUAGCAUCCAAAGUUUAAGUAAGAUGUUAUCUGUUCACAUGAAGAAAAAUGAGAUUGCAUAUGAGAUUUUAGAAGACAUACUGUUACAAGGGGAUUAUAUGAGAGAUACUCUUCAACAACUACAGGAUGCUGUUUAUUUGACUAAGGCAAAUAUUGUACACUAUAAUGAAGAAACACUGAAGAAAAUGUACAAGUCUUCAAACCCUUUGUCUGAAUCAGCGAAAAACCAGCUGGAUAACUUUCCAACAGAUGCUUCAAACGCUAGGAUGAAAGGGGGGUUAGUUUCUUCUAACAAUACGGUUAGGGACAUGGAGAUGCCCAUGCCACCUACAAUACUUGCUCCUGUUCAACGACAAGGAAUAAGGUCAUGCAACGUUUCUGAUGUUCUGAUUGAUUUGGUUGAGGCAGUGAAACCUCUAGCACGUAAACAGCAACGUAUAGUAGAACUAAGUGAACAGGCUUGUUCUAUGCAAAUUGCCGUGGAGGAAUCUUCACUGCGUCAAGCUUUGAGCAAUUUAAUUGAAGGCGCACUAUUGCGUACGCGUGUUGGUGGAAAGGUAGAAAUUAUAUCUACUGCAGCACCAGCAGGUGGCGCACUUAUAGUCAUAGAUGAUGAUGGCCCAGAUAUGCACUACAUGACACAGAUGCAUUCACUCACACCAUUUGGAGCAGAUCUCUUGUCCAAGGAAAGGGUGGAAGACAACAUGACAUGGAACUUUGUAGCUGGGCUGACCGUUGCUUGUGAGAUACUUGAGAGUUUUGGGUGUGUGGUGCGUGUCAUAUCACCCAGGUGCUCGGACGCAGCACUCGGAUCUGGUGGAACUCGCCUGGAACUCUGGCUCCCUUCCGCUCCAGGUACAACACUGCACAAUCUCGAAAUUCCCACUCAGGGUGCGUAGUGAGUAGAUAGAUAAACCGCCCAUUGUAGAUACAUCUCUGGAACUGAUGAAGAAGUUGCGACCAGUCUAUAUGAGAUUUGAGAUAUGUGAGGUUUUGUAUAGUGUACUGCUAGGCAUCCUAAAAGUUUGUGUAUAGUAUGGUAUAAUAUAACUAGCAUCCAUAACUUGUUAUUCGCUUGGCUGAUUUUCAUCCUAUUGGUAGAUAUGGAGGUGUGUGUGCAUAGAGAAGUGUUUUGCAUGGGAGUCAUGAAUUAGCUUCGAAGUUGUAACUUCAAUAUUGAACUUCACAACAAUGAUUUCUAUUGAAUAUUCUUAUGUUGGUCGAA